CCAAACUAUACACUGCGGAGAUAUAGAAACAAAUUACUCCUUCGAAAAGGCUAAGUUUAUAAAAAGAUAUGCAGAUAUGUUACGAAAUUAUUUGUGUAAUUUGCCAGCAGAGAAGAGAGAGGAUAUCUCAAAGGUUACUCAAAAAAUGGUCCUUGGGGUAGGUGAGAAGGAGUGUGAAUUCCUGGAGCAAAGACAUCCCCAGUUUAGGAAUCUAUUCAAAUCUAUGAAGCUGUUCAGCAAAAAAGAUAUACAUAGUGUAGAACCACGAGUUGCUUUAAAAAAUGAAAAUACACUUAGAAAGGAAUCCUUGGCAGCUUUGUACAUGCCACCAGAGUUAACGACUUGCGAUUAUCAAAAGCUUUCAAGAAGCUUCAUCGAAUCUGCUAGAAGCAUGAACAAUGUGGACUCAAAAAAAAUUUCAAUUAAUUUAAAUACUGAAGUGAUCAAUAUAGAAGAAGUAAACGAUUCUUUAUAUAUGAUACAUACAAAUAGGGGGAUUAUCAAGUCAAGAUUUGUGGUUGUUUGUGCAUGUGGACACUCCCUCAUGAUUGCACAAAAAAUGAAUUACGGUUUGGAAUAUAGUUGUCUCCCAGUAGCUGGGAGUUUUUAUUUUUCUGGUAAUAUCCUUAAUGGGAAGGUCUACACCAUCCAGAACCCAGCUCUUCCAUUUGCAGCUGUUCAUGGUGAUCCCGACAUUAUCGAAAAGGGGAAGACUCGCUUUGGACCAACUGCUCUCCCUCUACCAUUACUAGAGAGAGAUAACAUGAACACCUUAUUCGAUUUUCUGAGAGUAUGGAAUCCUGAUUUUAGUCUCCUACAUGUAUAUUUUAAUCUCUUCAAAGAUAUAACCAUGUUAAAAUAUGUAUGUAGGAAUUUCCUUUUUGAAAUUCCCAUCCUUAACAAAUACUUAUUUUUGAAAGACGUGAGAAAAAUCAUUCCAUCUUUGACGACUCGAGACCUCACUUACUGUGUUGGUUAUGGAGGGGUCAGACCACAGCUCAUAAACAAAGUAAGUAAGAAGCUUAUCCUUGGAGAGGGGAAAAUUGAUUCGGGAAAAAAUAUCAUUUUUAACAUCACGCCUUCCCCUGGGGCUACCACCUGCUUGGGAAAUGGCGAAUUUGACAUGAACACCAUAUGUGAGCGCCUGAACGCUACUGUGGAUAAGAGCGCUGUGAAGAAGUUCCUCUAUCAGGGCGACUACCCCGUCGAUUAUUUGUA